AAAAGUUCUCAGGCUGAAGUUCCAAAGCUCAUUUGCUUCAUCGCUGGCCACAUGGCGAACACUUCGGUGUGCUGUGCUUUUGAUUCACCCAUCCUGGACCAGGUUCUCCCUCCUGUCCUUUUCCUGGAGUUUAUUUUCGGCCUCUCUGGGAAUGUUCUGGCCCUGGUGAUGUUUGCUUUCCACAUGGACACCUGGAAGCCCAACUCCAUCUACUUGGCUCACCUGGCUGUAGCCGACUCAGUGGUCCUCUUCUGCCUGCCCUUCAGGGCUGACUACUACCGCAGGGGUAAAAAUUGGGUCUAUGGAGACAUCUUCUGUCGAGUUCUGCUAUUCCUCUUGGCGGCCAAUCGAGCCGCCGGCAUCUUCUUCCUCACGGCUGUUGCCGUGGACCGCUAUAUCAAGAUAGUUCACCCGCUUCACCGCAUCAACCGGAUGAACCUGUCCUACGCAAUGCUCGUCUCCUGCGGCCUGUGGGCUGGAAUCGUAGCCAUGACAGCCUACCUGCUGAGCUCCCCGCACUUCUACUACAACCGAAAUCGCACCCAGUGCGAGAGCUUCAACAUCUGCAUGGGAAACAACCCGCUCUCCAACUGGCACAACGCCUUCUAUGUCAUCCAGUUCUUCGUGCCCGGAAGCAUCGUCGUCUUCUGCACGGCUUGCAUCACCUGGCAGUUGAAGAUCAAGACCAUGGACACCCAGGGCAAGAUCAAGAGAGCCGUCCAGUUCAUCUUCGUGGUCGCUCUGAUCUUCAUCAUCUGCUUCUUCCCAAGCACCAUCUCCCGCAUCGCUGUCUGGAUCCUCAAGACCUGGUACAGCGAGUGCCUGUACUUCCGCGAGGCCAACCUGGCCUUCUACACGUCGGUCUGCUUCACCUACUUCAACAGUGUGCUGAACCCUCUGGUCUACUACUUCUCCACGCCAGCGUUCAGUGGAACUUUCCAGAAGCUUGUGCUGAAGCUUAGAGGAAAGAAGCCAGGCGAGCAGGUCAACGUAACAUCUUCUGUAACAGGCAAUUAAUGCAAUGUUAAGAAGAAGAAAAAGAAUGUAAAGAAAAUAAAUAAAAAUACUGUUGAUAUGCAAUACGCCAAUCAGCCAUAACAUUAAAAUAAAUGACAGGUGAGGUUAACAAUAUUGACUACUUAAGGGUGACGUCUUGAAGUAUAACAAAUGGACAAGAACCAAAUUGAACUGUAAUAGCUGAAGCACUGGAACACUGACCACAGAACAUCUCCAAAACAUCAAGCAACAGGUCUGGUAGAGUAUUCCUAGUAUGGACUGGUAAAUAUCUACAAUAUCUAAGUACAAAAAGUGAUAAAAACCAACACAACCAGUGAACUGGGAACAAAGUCAUGGGUGCUCAAUGCUCUAGUGGAUUCCAGGUUUCUAUGGGUCUGUCAAAGUUGUUUUGGUGGCAUGUAGGAGACCUACGCAAUACACAAAGCAGGUGGUUUUAAUGUUGUGGCUGAUCAGUGUAUACUGCAUAUGCAAUACAAUUGUUACACAGAGGAUAUACGAUAUAUUAGUAUAUAUACCUGGAUAAUGUGCCACUGAACACUUGUAGAUGUGUUCAGAAUGUAUGUUGACUCUCAGUGUAAUAUGGUGAUGUUUUAGAGGAUAAGAAAUAUUUUUGUAAGCCCUUUCAGACUGAUAUAUUUAAACAGGUUUAAAAUAAAUAAAUAAAUACA